AGCAUUCUUUCCUUGUCUGUCGUGUAGCCGCGAAAUGGAAAAGCUGACCGUUCUUUAUGGAACCCAAACGGGCAACGCAGAGCGAGUUGCGCUGCGAGUCAGCCGUCUUGCCCUGCGGCAGGGCGUGAAGAGCGUGCACUGCCUCUCUGCGGACGAUGUACCGAUCCACGAGUGGCCACGAACGGGCGGGCCAGUUGUGAUUCUCUGCUCCAACGCAAACCAAGGCGAUGCACCGAAUAGCUUUCGUCGCUCGUGGGCGUCGCUCCUGCAGCCCGACACGGCGCCAGCUGCGUGCAUGACAGGUCUGCAAUACGCCGUGUACGGCUUAGGCGACUCUCUCUAUUUGAAGUUUAACUACAUGGCAAAGAUGCUGCACAACCGGCUGAAGCAGUUGGGCGGCACGCCGCUCGUGAUGCGUGGUUUAGGCGACGAGAGCGACGCGAAAGGCUUCGAGGAAACGCUUGUUCCGUGGCUAGCGGAGCUGUGGGAAGCGCUGGACCUGACGAACGGUGCGGCCCCCACCGCCGACCUCCGCCGACCCCGUUACCCACAGCAGGAUGUGCCGUACUUCCCUCUCUAUUCCGUGCGGCCUUUUCAGGGCACAGCGGACUCUCUCGAGGCUUCGCCGCAGUUGUUGCGCUACGCGGAGCCCGUCAUGGCGUGCGAGGUGGUCUCGAACCGCCGUAUCACCGCCGCCUCUUGCAAUCAAGCUGUCCACCACCUCGAGCUGCGGGUGUGUCCCGGCACCGAGAGUGCGACAGCGUCUUCAACGUAUGACGUGGGGGAUGCGUUGGGGGUGUACUGCCCGAAUCGUCCUGAGCUGGUGGAGGAACUGCUGCAGCGUCUGCGUCGUGACGGUGACGAGGUUGUGGUCGUCGAGCCCGACGCCUCUCACGGCUUGACCGUGCAACCCGCCCGCCCCUUUUUUCAUCACCCACUCACCCUGCGGUCGCUGCUGCGUCACUAUAUCGAUUUGGACGCGGUGGUGACGCAGGAGUUCAUGUGGAUGUUGGCGCACGAGGUGCGGGACGACGACGACAACGACGAAGAUGCGCACGACUCUCGCGAGCGGCUCUACGAGCUCGGCAACCCGUCGAACGUCAACGACUAUCUACAGUACGCUCACCGCGAGAAACGCAAUGUGUGCGAGGUACUGCACGACUUCAAGAACUUGAACCCGUCGCUGGAGCUGGUGCUCACCUUUGCCACACCGAUGCUGCCGCGCUACUUCUCCCUCGCCUCUGCUCUCAGUAUGGACGGUCCAGGCCGCUUCGACGUGUGUGUGGGGUUGCUCGACUGGCACACGCCGCUGAAGCGCCAUCGCACCGGGCUCUGCAGCUCGUACCUCGUCGGUGCACAGCCCGGGUCGCAGCUGACAUGUUUUGUGUGGCAGGGCAACCUCGCCCUUCCCGCUGCGCCGUCGCCGCUGCUGUGCGUCGCCACGGGCACCGGCAUCGCGCCGAUUCGUGCCGUGCUUCGUCAGGUGGCGGGCCUCGCGGCGCAGGGCUGGAAGGACGUCCCGGUGGUGCUGGUGUUUGGCUGCCGUCACGAGGCGGAGGACUACCUCUACAGGGAAGAGUGGGCGGAUCUGAGGGCAAAGGGGUUGCUACCCUCGCUGACCGUCAUCCCAGCCUUUUCGCGCGACACGGAUAAGAAGAUCUACGUUCAACACCAGCUGGGCGAGCACGCGAAGCUGGUUUCGUCUUUUGUGCAGCCGGAGGAGGUCGAGGGGCGCCCGCUGCCUCCCGGUGUCAUCUACGUCUGCGGUAACGCGAAGCAGAUGCCGAAGGAUGUGCAAAGGACAGUGGAGCAGACGGUGGAGGCGACGGUGCCUGGCGUCGAGGACGAGGCGGGUGCGGCCGUGUACGUGAGGGGCUUGGCACGUGUGGGACGCUACCAGGUCGACUCCUGGUCCGCGUAG